AUGGCUCGUGACCUGCAAAACCAUCUCCUUUUCGAAACGGCCACAGAAGUCGCCAAUAGGGUCGGUGGGAUCUACUCCGUCCUUAAAUCAAAGGCACCCAUCACAGUAGCACAAUACAAGGACAAUUAUCAUCUUAUUGGUCCUUUAAAUAAGGCCACUUACCAGAAUGAAGUGGACCAAAUGGACUGGGAAGCACCAGACUCAUUCCCUGAUGAAAUUAAACCCAUCCAAUCCACUUUAAGAUCAAUGAGAUCCCGUGGUGUCAAUUUCAUAUACGGAAGAUGGCUAAUCGAAGGUUCCCCUCGUUUGAUCCUUUUCGAUUUAGAUUCAGUUAGAGGAUUUCUUAAUGAAUGGAAGGGUGACUUGUGGUAUCUAGUGGGUAUCCCUUCCCCUGAAAAUGAUUUUGAAACUAAUGACGCUAUCCUAUUGGGUUACACGGUGGCAUGGUUCCUGGGGGAAUUGACUGCAGAGGAUACUACCCAUGCCAUUAUUGCCCAUUUUCAUGAAUGGUUGGCUGGUGUUGCUUUACCUCUAUGUAGAAAGAGACGUAUUGACGUCGUGACUAUUUUUACUACUCAUGCUACCUUGUUAGGUAGAUAUCUUUGUGCAGCCGGGGACGUCGAUUUUUAUAACAAUUUGGAAAACUUCGAUGUGGAUCAUGAAGCAGGAAAGAGAGGUAUUUAUCAUAGAUAUUGUGUCGAAAGAGCUGCAGCACACACUGCGGAUGUGUUUACUACGGUCUCUCAAAUUACUGCCUUCGAAGCUGAACAUUUGUUGAAAAGAAAACCAGAUGGUAUUCUACCCAAUGGGUUGAAUGUGAUUAAGUUCCAAGCUGUGCAUGAAUUCCAAAAUUUACACGCCUUGAAGAAGGAAAAAAUUAAUGAAUUUGUUAGAGGUCAUUUCCAUGGUUGCUUCGAUUUCGAUUUAGAUAAUACAGUAUAUUUCUUCAUCGCUGGGAGAUACGAAUACAAGAAUAAGGGGGCAGAUAUGUUCAUUGAAUCUCUGGCUCGUUUGAAUUAUAGAUUAAAGGUGGCAGGUUCUAAGAAGACUGUCAUUGCAUUCAUUAUCAUGCCAGCAAAGAAUAAUUCAUUUACUGUGGAAGCAUUAAAGGGUCAAGCUGUUGUUAAAGCUUUAGAGACUACUGUCGAUGAAGUGACAAAUUCUAUCGGAAAGAGAAUAUUCGAUCAUGCAAUGAGAUUCCCCAACAACGGUACCACUUCAGAAAUUCCAGUGGAUAUCCAUGAACUAUUGAAACCAUCAGAUAACGUUCUUUUAAAGAAACGUGUUCUUGGGUUAAGAAGACCUGCAGGUGAAUUACCAGCUAUUGUCACACAUAAUAUGGUUGAUGAUGCUAAUGAUCCAAUCUUAAACCAAAUUAGACACGUGCAAUUGUUUAACGGUUCUUCAGAUCGUGUUAAAGUUAUAUUCCAUCCAGAAUUCUUGAAUGCAAAUAAUCCAAUCCUGGGUUUAGACUAUGAUGAAUUUGUAAGAGGGUGUCAUUUAGGUGUAUUCCCCUCCUAUUAUGAACCUUGGGGUUAUACUCCGGCAGAAUGUACCGUCAUGGGGGUUCCAUCCAUUACAACUAACCUUUCAGGGUUCGGUGCAUACAUGGAAGAUUUAAUUGAAACAAAUCAAGCUAAAGAUUAUGGUAUUUACAUUGUGGACCGUCGUUUUAAGGCACCUGACGAAUCUGUAGAACAAUUAGUCGAUUAUAUGGAAGAAUUCGUUAAGAAGACUAGAAGACAAAGAAUUAACCAAAGAAAUAGAACGGAAAGAUUAUCUGAUCUAUUGGAUUGGAAACGUAUGGGUUUAGAAUACGUAAAGGCAAGACAAUUGGCACUACGUAGAGCGUACCCAGAUCAAUUCAAACAAUUGGUAGGUGAAGAACUAAAUGACACAAAUAUGGAUACUUUGGCCGGUGGUAAAAAAUUAAAGAUUGCCAGACCGUUAAGUGUGCCCGGUUCUCCUCGUGAAACAAGACAGGCAAGUGCCAUAUAUAUGACGCCUGGUGAUUUAGGUACCUUACAAGAGGCCAACACUGCUGAUGAUUAUUUCAAUUUAAGUAUAGGGUCCCAUGAUGGCGAUGACGAGCAAGGCCCAUACGCCGAUGAAAAUUAG